AUGCCUCCGUCAUCGCUCUUCAGGAUGGCCAGCAGGGCGUGCAUAAAGAAUAUACGAUCAAUUACCGACGUUGGAGAUGCGCCCUAUCAGAUCGUUCGAUCCGUUCUUCUCCGUCUUGAGAACCCCCAACAACUCAGAAAGAUAGAGUUAGCAUCACCCCAAAUCUGCGGCCAAGAUGGCGAGAUCUGGCUGGAAUUUAUCAAACGCGAUGUACCGAACUGGGACAAGAAACCAUACGAACCAGAGAACCCUAAGAAGUGGUACAAAGCAUACAAAAAGCUCGUCAUGGACAGCCAGGAAGAGGUAGAGAACGACGCUGCAGAAUUGAAAGCUACCCUGGACCGAAUCAAACAAGAUCAAUCACUGCACAAGGCCCAACAGGUUGAGCUUAGGGGUGUCAAAGUCCCCGAAGGAAUGAAGAGCAAUGGCCCGGUCAUCAGCCUCUCCACGAUGCCACGAUUCUAUGACAAAGGAACCAAUCCUCCACCGGGCGAGAGGCAGCGUAAGAAAGACGGAGACGCCAAAGUCUUCGUCAGUAACAAAGGUAAGCUGGACCAGUUCCGAAAGGAAGCCAAAGCUAUGGGCCAUUUCCAGAAACCAGCAGGACGCCCUGGAAUCUUCGCCCCUAAAGAUAUGAAGUUGAGACCUGCGCCAAUGAGCAGGACGAUAACCGCUGCACCGCGCAUACUCAUAGAGGAGCAUCAGAAAGCUGCAGCCCCAAGCGCAUUCGAUCCCUCUGCCAAGCCACCAACAAUCUUCGCUCCCAAGAGGAAGCGAGUAGAGCACAACGAGACUUCCCAACCAGGUAUCCUGACUUACGAAGAAAGAGAGAAGAGACUCAAAGCGUUUACCAACCCCUCAAGCGUCAGUAAAUCCACUCUCAACCAAGAAGCAUCAACCCCAAUAUCACCUCAACCCAAAGCAAAGAUCUGCUCAUCCACCGCGCCCGAUAUUGCCACAUCGCCUGUACCGAAAGUCCAAGCCACCCCUAGUUUCUCCUCCACACUGAAGCGCAAGGAUCGCGCCUCACCAACCCCUGGUCACGGGAUACCAAGGGCAAAUACCUCCAGCCCCAGCAAUGGAGGCAUUCGCCCAGCAAUGCAUAUGAAGAAGGCUGCUGUCGACGUCAUGACUGAGCGCGAAAAUUUCAACCAAUCUUAUCUCGAGGAGUCUGCUGCUGGUCGUCUUCGUGGCUAUGAUACCCGUGGAUAUUGCGAUUCUGACCGUGGCGGGCCUCCUAUUGCUGGUUCGCGUGACUACUGGCGUUAUGCAAGCGUUGCUUCUCGCGGUCAUGGAAGCCAUCCUGCCACGAGAGAAGAGGAUUCCUCAGGCUCCUCUGACUCCUCCGACGAUGAUUUUUUGGCGGGAGAUCCCGUGGGUCCUCGUUCUGGGGGAACUCGUGGCCAUCGUGGCACGGUCAGAGAGGACUACGAUUCUUUUGACGAGGAUUCUUUGGCUGGGGAGUCUGCUAGUCGCCGCCUUGGCGGAACUCUCGGUCACCGUAGACUUGACGACGAUUCUGACGAUGAUUCAUUGGCGGGAGACUCCGCUGGUACUCGUGAUGCGGGACCUCGAGGCCAGCGUGGACAAGGGCCUCCCCGCUCCCGUGGAACCGGUCCUCGAUACGCGGAUAGAUACGCGGAUAGAUACGCGGAUACUUUGAUUGAAGAGUCCGCCGACGAUGAAUCCGACGAUCAUCGCCGCGGCACCCGAGGUGGAGUUGCAGCCUCAGCUCGUUAUAGUACACCCUCGUCUCGUCGUCGAGAACUUUCACCUUCCCCCCGUCGGGGAGGGAUGUCCCCCGGCGGCCGUGCAGGAUCAGUCGAUUCUUUGGAAUCCGAGGCCGAGCUAGGUGAACGCAAUCCUGGCCUUCGUCACUAUGGAGGUCAGCGCGCCCCUGUCUCACAUGGGCGCUACGACGGCGGUAGGGACUCGGCUCGACGCCGCUAUUGA